AUGCCAGGGCGAAUCCCGCCCCACUUCGCAGAGGAGGCGGAGCCCACCGGGCCGAUCCGCCCUUGUCGCCGCCAAGGAGCUGCAACUUCGGGUGAGGCGCUACUGCCCAUGGUGCUGAGCAGGCGGACAGCCAGCGACUUCUUGGGUGAGGUGCGGCAGGAGCUGUGCUCGCGCUCACGCGCGCGCAGCGCCUUCGCGGAGGCUGAAGAAGAGACGAGGCACCACGCAGAGGAAGUGAAGCACGAGGCGACCCGGGCUCGAUCCAAAGCCGGCCGAGUCGAAGAGCGAAGCGUCUGGGCCAAGGGCCAAGCCAAGAGCUCCUAUCGCAUCUCCAAGAGGGCCAACAGGGUGGCCUUCGGGGCUCUUCUCUUCACCAUCAUGGGGGUCGCUAUUGACACCGUCUCGAACGUCAUUACCGUCUUCACAACGAAGAGGAUGAUGAACGACCUCGAAGACGAGGCUGCACAGGCACUGGCCCGACGUCGACGAAGUGAGCAGCGGUGA